CCCGCUCGGAUCCAAACACCUCUCCACUCUCAGCCACACUGCGCCUCCACAAACCGCCAGGAAGAUGACUUUCUACGAUGACAUUUACCCAUUCUACCCGCUACAAAGGACCUCCUUCAUCUUCAGCGGCGCCCUGCUCACCAUUAUCCUGGUGUUCCUGGUGCUGCUCACCAGUCUCCUCCUCAUCCUGCCAGGCAUCCGAGGCAAGGCGAGGUACCUGUGGAUGGUUCGUAUCAUCAUCAGCCUGUUCAUCGGCGCUGUGAUAGUGGCGCUGAACUUCACUAAUGACUGGGCUGAGGGCUGGACGACCACUAAUGCCACCUAUAAGUCCUUCAGCAACGCCGUCGUGGAUGCUGAAAUCGGUCUGCAUGUCGGGCUCUACGGCAUCAACGUUACCCUCCGCGGAAACCCUGUGAUGCAACUCAACGAGACCAUCGACUACAACGAGAUGUUCAGCUGGCAGGACUCCCUGGAGGAGGAGUACCAAGAAGCCCUGGAGAGAGGCCUGCCAAACCCCAUCCUGUAUAUCGCAGAGAAGUUCACGCUCAACAGCGCCUGCGGCCUCAUCUUCCAGUACAGAUACUCUGGACGAUACGCCUCCGCCACGCUCUGGACGGCUUUCUGCUGCUGGCUGGUGGCCAACAUCCUGCUCUCCAUGCCCGUUCUCCUGUACGCCGGCUACAUGAUGCUGGCCACGGCCGCCUUCAUCUUCUUCUCCAUGGCCUCCUUCUCCACCAUAAUGAAUCUGCCCAAGUGCGCCUUCUCCAUAGGGGCGGGCACCUUCGUCACAGAGUACAGCCAUUCCUUCUGGCUGGCGCUAGCCACAGGUGUGCUGUGUGCGGUCAUUGGCAUGGCGGUGGUGCUGUUUGACUGCUUGAUACCAGAGAAGAUGAAGCAAGCCUUCAGCAUAGCCGUGGAAAGUGAGGAAGAGGAGGACGCGUACUCGGAGACGGGUUACCUGAACUCGGUGUUCCUGGAGGAAGGGCCCGUAUCAGUAAUCACCCUAGCUAAUGUAUGAGGAUGUCCCAUCAGUCGACAUUACCAGCUAAUACUUGAAAAUAUUUAAAUGAAUGUCUUAAGAAUGUUAGUUUAAAUGUCUGUUUAACACCGUAAGUGGCGGUCAUUGUUCUGUGUUGUGUGCCAUUGUUUUGUAAAUAUAAAUGUUAUAAUGUAUACGUACCAAUGCAAUGUUUAUCAGUUUAUUGAAUACCAUCUGUAAAUAAAUGAUGUAGAUAUAACAAGCCUCUAUUGUGAUAUUUCCUGAUGUGAAGCAGGCC